AGGGGUAAUGGUCACCUAUCGAAAUUAAUGUAGUAUGAGUUUUCACGACAACCGACGACACUAAUAUUAAUGGCGCGCCUCCAUUUUCACUCAAGCAAUGCCGCAAUGGCUCUCAAGUCUCUUCUAAAACCCAAAUCCUCCAUUACAAAAUUCUUCCUUUCUUCUUUGUCAUUCUCCUCCUUCUGCAAACAACAACAACCCAUCUUCUCAUUCCCUCCCCAGUCCCCACCUUCUCCUAAAAAACUCCCUUUCACUCACUCUGUUCAUGGCGUUACGCUGCAAGAUCCCUACCACUGGAUGUCCAACACCCACGACCCUGAUUUUUCUGACUAUCUCCGUCAAGAAAACCUGUAUGCUGAAGCAUUCAUGGCCGACACUCGGGUUCUACAGCGGCAGCUCUUCUCCGAGAUGACGGGUCGAAUUCCCUCCAAGGUUUCCACUCCCCCUGAGCCUUGGGGACCCUGGUUUUACUACCAAUACAUUCCGGAUGGGAAGGAAUACCCAGUUCUAUGCCGUAGGUUACAGAAUGAGAAAAGCAGUUGGUUUAAGAAAAUUUUACAAUUUGGUAAAGGGAAUUUUGGGAAGGAAGAACAAGUAUUGCUUGAUUGGAAUGAAAUUGCUAAACAAUACGGCUAUGUUCACGUGGGAACUUGUCGUGUUUCACCAGACCAUAACUUUCUAGCAUAUACAGUUGAUAUUACUGGCGAUGAACACUUCAUGCUCCAGAUUAAAGACCUGAGAAAUGGACUGAUAAUUCCCAAGUUACAGAAGGAGGGAGUUGUAAGUUUGGCUUGGGCGGAAGAAGGCAGGAUGCUUUUCUAUACACAAGCAGAUGAGAAUCAGCGACCUUACAGGGUUUUCUGCACAAAAGUUGGAUUUAAUGACACAGAGGAUGUCUCGGUGUUCGUUGAAAAUGAUCCCAACUAUUGUGUAGACAUAACAAGCACAAAAGAUGGGAAGUUCGUAACUGUGAAUUCAAACUCGAGGACUUCGUCUGAGGUUUAUAUCAUUGAUGCUAACAAUUCAUUAGGUGGAUUGCAAAGAAUACACGAACGCAUUCCUGGUAUUCAAUACUUUUUGGAACAUCAUCAUGGUUUCUUUUAUAUCCUAACAAAUGCUCCUCUUGAAAAGAAUGUGGAUUGCUUGGAAGAAGAUUAUUAUGUAGCUCGAUGUCGAGUUGAAGAUAUUAAGUCAGCAGAUUGGCAGGAUAUCGUCCUUCAGAGUGAAGAUUUCAGUAUACAGGACAUGGAUAUUUUCAGUGGACAUCUUGUGCUUUUUGUCAAUAAGAAUGGUGUUUCUAUGUUAUGUUCAAUCAAUUUGCCUUUAGAUGCUGAUGAUAACCAUCACUUGGAGAUUGAGAAACUUGACCCAUGGUUUUUCCCUCUUCCCUCAAAUUCCUGCAGCGUAGCUCCAGGAUCAAACCAUGACUUCAUGAGCUCAUCAUACCGUGUGGUGCUCUCAUCACCAGUGAUGCCAGAUUUGAUUGUUGACUAUGACAUGUCCAAACGAACCUUUUCAAUCAUACAGCAAGAGGAAGUAAAAGUCCAGCAUGAUGUUGAACUUAAAACAAAUCUGCCAGAUACGUUGGAUGUUCAGGAAGUUUCAGACACACAAAACAAAAGAGAAAACUUCCAAAAUUGUGAUUCCCAAAAUUGGAAGGACUUUUCGGAGGCAUACUGUUGCGAAAGGAUAGAAGUUACAUCACAUGACGGCAUCGGAAUACCCUUGACCAUCUUGUAUACCCCAAUGACCUUUCAAAAAGGACAGUCACCUGGAGUUCUACAAGGGUAUGGAGCAUAUGGUGAAAUCCUGGAUAAAAGUUGGUGUCCCUAUCGCCUGAGUUUACUUGACCGUGGAUUUGUGCUGGCGUUCGCAGAUGUCAGGGGUGGAGGUGGUGGUGGUGAUUCUUCAUGGCAUAGAUCUGGGAAUGGGCUUGAGAAACCAAACUCAAUACAUGACUUCGUCUCUUGUGCAAAUUUUCUCAUUAAUAAUGGUUAUGUUCACAAGGAUCGACUGGGUUCCAUUGGAUACAGUGCUGGAGGUCUUCUAGUUGGGGCUGCUAUCAACAUGCAUCCCAAUCUGUUUCGUGCGGCCAUUUUAAAGGUUCCAUUUCUCGACAUAUGUAACACCCUACUGGAUCCCAGUUUACCUCUCACCGUUCUGGAUUAUGAAGAAUUCGGAAACCCACAAAUACAAAAGCAAUUUGAGUCUAUUUUAAGCUAUUCUCCUUACGAGAAUAUAUCCAAGGGAAGCUGUUAUCCUUCAAUGCUCGUCACAGCGUCAUUCCAUGAUGCAAGGGUUGGAGUAUGGGAAGCUGCUAAGUGGGUGGCAAAAAUUCGAGACACUACAUGCUCUCGUUGUUCAAGUUCUGCAAUUUUAAAGACCAAUAUGCUUGGAGGACAUUUUGGUGAAGGUGGUCUCUAUGGUGGAUGUGAAGAGAUGGCUUAUGAGUACGCAUUUCUCAUCAAAGUCCUCAGAACUCCUGACCAUGAUUAAACUCUUGCACACUGCAAUGAAAGAACUCCAAUGUCCAGAAUGGGGGUAUUUGACAUUACAUAACUUGAUGACCUGCGCCUUUCAUGCUUGGCAACCAAGUCAAGCCAAGAUUUCAGGUACCCAAAUUAUUACUAGUAACUUUUGACACGUGAUGAAAUUGAGAACUGAUGGAUGUUAGUUAAGCUGCAGAGGACCGUGUCUUGCUCAAGCAUGUAUGGAGUAGUAGACAUCGGCUUCAUGGACUUAUAAAUGAACACUUAACUAGCUGAACAGAACCUUGUGAGCAGAAGAGAAAUGCUUUGCUGCGGCCACCAUGGCGGCCUCUGGCCCCGAUGGAGAUGCUGCAGCUUUGGAUGCGUCAGCAUUGAAGCCAAGUAAGCAAUUAAUGAAAGACUUUAUAAUUGACCAAAACAAAUUCUCUUUCUUGUCUCCCAUAUUUGUUUGACCUUGAAGAAGAAAAGAAACGUUUUUUAGGAAGUAGAGAACAGGAGGGAUUCUGGGUAUGAAUUUUUUGGUUGAAAAAUUGUUAAGGUGAGUGAGAACUUGUGUUUGUUCUUACUUCUAGCACUAGCACAUACUUAUAGGCUGAAGAAAUGAGGCGGCUUGACAAUCAAGAAAAAGAAAAACGGCUUUGUUGACAAUUUGAUUUUCCAAAGGUUCAUAUUUCUUUA